AUGAGUCUUCGAGACUUAAAUUGGAUUGUUCCCAACGGUCAUAUUUGUAACUCGAUUUCUUUUGUUCUUACAAUUCAUUUUAACUUCCUUCGUUCUGAAAUGUUUUCCGGUGCACCUGAUGAUAACGAAGCAAAAGUUAAUGGAAUUAAGAGUCUCAAACUUUUCAUUGUUCUCGUUGAAAUGAAAAGCAAACCUAGAAAAACUGCUUGGGAAAUGAUUUAA